AUGGCAUUGUUCUGGGCUUGUUGGCUGCAGAACGGUCCUAGACCAAGGGCUGGGCCAAGCUCUCGUCCUGCUGCCCAUCUGCCCAGGAGAUUUUUUGCGUUUGGGCUGAUUUUGGGUGGGGAAGAGGGCUGGAAGCCAGGACCUAGGUCCUGAAAGGGGAGGAAGCUGCACAGGGCCAAAACCCCAGACAGAGCCAUGAGGAGGCAGGGGCUGGGGCUCAGCUCUGGAAUGGUGGCAGCAAGCAGUGCCUAUGGCCUGUAAAAGAGGGAGAAUCAGGAUUUUGAGGUGCUUUUCCCUUGUGGUCAGGAUUUGCUGGUGCUAAGACACAGCUUUGGCUCCGUGCCUCAGUUUCCCCAAGUGCAAGCUUCAGAGGGAACAGCCUGACCAGAUCGACCUCUUGGGUACCCUUUUCCAACCUAGGUCUCCCAAAAAGCCCGGCAGAGACACCCGUGGGCAGCACAUACCACAGGGAUGCUCUUCAGUGUCCCUGUCCCUGCCCUGCCCCCGUUUAUUUGUGGCUUCCCCAGGGCAAAGCCGAGCCAAAACAUACCACUCAUAACUCGGGAAUUACCUUCUUCCACAGCCGGUGCAGCCUACAGUCUGCAUCCAUCUAAUUCACUCGGAUCGUAAUUAGUUUUGUAUUACUUUCCACAGUGAUGCUAAUACUGAUUACAAGGACUGAUAACUUGAGCAAUAAAUACAACCCGGGGCUGAAAAUUACCUUCCUUUUUUUAUUGGUUAAAGCCGAAGUUAGUGAAAUGAGAGACAAAUUGGUUUAUGAGAUGAGGCAGCUGCCUCCUGUUACAGGCUGCAGAUUUGCAGCUUAAUCCUGCCACUUCCACGUGUGUCUCCCCGCCAGCGGGGGGAAGAGUCCGGCCACCAAAGGGGGCACAGGAAGGUCCCCAUGGGUCCCACGGCCAGGUUGGGGGGCACCGGGACACAGCAGCUCUGGGGUGGGGACACGCAGGCACAUUCCCAGCCCGGUGGGGCUGGCAGCGCUCCCCCUUCCCCCAAAAACAGCCCCGAGAGACCUGGCGAGCAUUUAGGAAAAUCAACGGCAAAGUUCUUUUUCAUCUCGACUCGCCGAAGCCCUAAAUGUUUAAUCCGUCCCCGCUCCAGGAACACAUUUCUUCCCGUGUGGUUUCAGGGAUCGCGGGGUGAGCGUCAGGGCGCCAGCUGCCCCGCAAAACUUCGAGGAACGCAAAGAGCUUUCCCUGGAGGUAUCCUAGCAGAGCCAGCCAGCACAAGGAGGGACAAAAUGAUGGGGUGGACGGACAGACAGACAGCAUCCUGCACCCCUGCCUUUACUACAGCUGCCCACACCCGCUGUCUUUCUGGCAGCUCUGUCCUGCACGUUACAAGCGACAUGGGGCAGGGGGGCAAAUCCUUAGAGUGUAAGUUGGCUCUGCUCACUCAUGGCCACCCAGCGAGCUGUCCUGGGCUCUCCUGGAGAAGAAGACCGGGACAGAAAGCCCUGUGUUUUCCCCAGGAAGCCCCAGCCUUGGGCAGCGAGAAGGAAUUGCAGAGCAUCAUGCAGGUCUUGUUCCCGCUGCCCCCUCAGCGCUGCCUGCCAGGGGCACGUGGGGGCUCCUGCAAAGGGCUGGGAUGGAAGGAAGCGUGUAGGGUCAGCCCCCCCCUUGUUUCCCAAAGGAAAACGUACCACCCACCUCAGGCAGGUCCCAAAGCCCCUGCCAAAACUGGGGAUGCAGCCUGCAGCGUGUGCAUCGCCCGUGUGCUCUCAGCUGUGCACAGGCAUCCUUCCUCCCGCCCGGGUGGACCAUCAGAGGAUGCUGCAGUGCCAACAUGUUGAAGACAAUGCCCUUCCCUCCACAAGAAGAGCUUUUCAGGCAUCCAGCAUGGUGCCGGCUGGAAGGACAGCCACGUGCUUGCCCCCCUGCAGCCCCUUUUAACAACCGUCCCCCUCUCCAUUUCUUCCCUUCUUGCGUGCUGGCAUGUCAGU